UCUGAUUUCGAUCAAUGCUAGACGUUUUUUGUACACCAUCGUAAAUUCAUUCGCGUUUCAUCCCUCUAGCGAAGCGAUAGUAAAACGGUUGGGAAUAUUUUUGCCGUCGGUAAAAAAAAAAGAAAAAAAAAGAAAUCGAAAAAAAAGUAUUCGACAAGACAGAUUGUCUGACAUAACAGGGCCGCACGCAUACCUACUUUUAAAAAGAAAAGGCGAAAACGGUGGUGAAAGACGGAAAUAAACAGCUUUAGGAGGAUAAUCGACAUUGAAUAACCAACCCAUAAAUAUCAGGAAUACAAUUUGUACGUUGUACGUUUGACAAACCAUAAAAAAAGAAGAACACAUACACAGUGUGCUUAGGUCGAGCAAGCCAUUCACGAAUGUUUAUAUCAACUAAAAUUAGUUUGUUGAAUUUAUAAAAAGAAUUACGGAACAAAAAUAAAUAGCAUUGUGAAAACGCCGAAUCAACUAUUGCAAACGGUUCAACUAAUCAGUUAAAUGUGGAUGAUGAAAACGUUUUAAUCUAAGCUUCAAAAAAAAAAAACCAAAUACAGUAAUAAUGGAUACCAAUGAUGCGCAUUUAAUUUACUAAUGCAAUAAAGAAGGAGAAGAAAAAACGAAACAAAAAAUAUAACGGCAAUAAUCCAUACCAGCUUGAACAGAGCUAGAUUGAAAGUGAUAAAACUGUUAGUGAAUGGGCAUAGUGUUAUUAUAUAUGACAACAAGUGAAUCCAUCAAAUCAUGUCACAUAUUCACAGCAGUGUGCUUUUCCGGAUGCAAGGGUACUACUGAAUAGGCAAUAAACAAUAAAGAGAACGAAAAUAAAGGCAGAAAGCGGAAAAGAGAGAGAAUUGCGAUUUUUCGGGCUGUAACGACUAAAUGAUACUGGAAAUGUGUGAGUGUGGCUACUUCAUUGGCCCACUUCAACAACGUAUGCACACACAUAUACCAACGACGAACUGCAAUUCCAAAAUUCACGAAAGCCGCCGACACACUUUUCUUUUUGAAACAAAACCUUUAUUCAAAUAUCGUUUAUAAAUAAUUCAGUGUUUUACAUCUGCAGUGUCAAUCAUAAAGCACGACACAAAAAGAAAGAAAGAGAAAGAGAAACAAAGUAGUGCUUUGAAAAAAUACAACAACAACAAGAACUAAAACUAACCUCCAGUCAAAAUUAACAAUUCAGUUUGGCAUCGUACAGUUCGAACAGCGACUCUUCAAUUACAACAGCUAUCAGUUGGUUUUCAACAAGAAACCAGGAAAGACAUCUACAAAAGGUUCUUCAAAACCAUACCGCUAAUCCUGAAUAUUAAAAAAAAUCAACACUGAAAUAUCUUUUGAAUGACGUUUGGAUCAAGUAGAUAAUAUAAAAAUUUGAGAUAUCGUUGCGAUUGACACGAAAACAGCAAUAAAGCAGCUUACUAUAAUAAAAUUUUAGAAAAAAAGGAAACUUCGAGUGACUGACAUCGUGAUUUUAUUCCGACUGACUACUAUUUAAGCAAAGUAAAGUAAUUGUACAACAUUUUAAAUUUCAACAACAGCAAACACACAAACACAGAAGCAACAAAAUAACAUAGUUCAAUACGUUUAAUAUUAUAUGUUUGUGUCGGUGUGAGUGGAAUAUUAAAAUACAAAAAUCACAGUUCAAUUGAUUUUCUUCGUCUAUAAACGCUAUACUUAGAGAUAAGUCGUAAUGUAUUACGAUAAAUACAGCUCAUUGCUGUCUUCGGAUGGUUGAAUUUGAACAUAGAAUCCAAUUGUUGAAAUUAAUUUAUUGGGAAGCAGAAACAUCGACGACAUCAGAUCAACAAUAGUUGCAACAAAAGAAGAGAAGGAAAUUCAAAUUGCACCGGUGAUUAGUGUAAAUGUGUGCGUGCGUGUGUAUGUGGAAAAAAAGUUGUUUUUACUAUAAAUGCACCAAAAGAGGAAUUAAUUUAAAAUUUAAGGUAAUCCAAGUGAAUCUAAUUAAAGUUAGCAAUUAAUUUAGUGCAUAAAUGAUGAUUCGUGAAAGUGUACAAGUGUUGAUAUGUUUGAGUGUGCUGGUCAGCACAAGUGUUUCAUUACACAUGAUCAGAGAUGCAUACCAUCGGCCGUUGAACGAACGGAACAACAUAAAUCGCGAUACAGUAGUUAUCGAUUCGGUAAUUAAUACAAAAAGAAUUCCAAACACUGACCUGAGUAUGCGUGCAACACGAAAUCCAUUAUCAAACACUCUAAAAUAUCACGAACUAUUUCCAUCGUCGUUGUCAUCUUCAUCGUCAGUGGGCGUAUCUGGAUCCAGAUCUAGCUCAUCACCAUCAUCAACAUUACCACUUUCAAUGUCCUUUCGUAGCGACUCAUUGGCGCGCUCAUCGGUGACGGACCCGGACGCUUCUAAAUAUCGAUGGCAAAAACAGACACGGUCUUGGAAAACCGUACCUGCACCUGCAUCUCAGCCAGCAAUCACGAUUCAGAACAAGACCGAGCAAAGCAAACAACCGCCACAACAGCAGCAACAACAAAAACAGCAGCAACAAAAUCAACAUAGCAAUCAAGCGAUUCGACCGCAUAUGAGUAAAAGAACAUCAAAUGCAGCGCACAUGGAUGACGAAGAUGACGGAAAUAUAGACAUGGAUGGGUAUGGUGAACGGAAUUUCCAUGAUUACAGUGACAACAGUGCCGACCACAUGGGCAUCGCGGAUGAUGACAUGAGCCAACCACCGAUAGCCAAAGGCUUACCUACCAAAUUCAUGUUUCGCGGAAUGCGUGGUCAAAGACAGUACGACGUACCGCAGAUAGAAUGUCCGCCAGCGAUGGAUGGAAUGGAGCGAUUUGCAUGCCCAACACCGGAUCGACAGGGCCGAUAUCGAUGUAUAGACGAUCAUGUUUUGUGUGACGGCUUCAUCGACUGUCCUGACGGCGAAGACGAGGAACGGCAGGCGUGCAUGUUCUACAAAACGACAAAAGCACAUUUGGACGUACUGGCAGAUGCUUUACUAAGGUGGGCGAGGGGUCGUUAGCUAGAAUCUAAUAUAAAUUAGAUACGUAAGUUCUAUUAAAAUAAUUUGAAUCAAUAUAUAAAAGCAACAAACAGACAAUGAAAUGAAAUAAAAUAACAACCACAAGGAACUCAACUGAAAAUAAAA